GGAGACAACAAAGAAGCUACCUAGGGGCAGCGGGCCUAACAUCAGGGAAUGAUUGUAAAGAUUUAGAAAGAAUAUGUUUAUGGUAUUUACUAUCUAACUGGGAUGUUUUGCGACUAGAGAGGAUUGCUUUAGACCAAGUACACACGGUGAUACACUGCUAGUCAGUCAGAAACUCCCCUGUUGCUCAACACGCCAUAGUGUGCAGACUGAAGCAGCAGCAACAACAGAAGCUCCUCCAUAAAAGAGCACGUCUGGAACAGCGGAAAAGUGGACAGGCACAUACCAUCAACGUGGUCUGAGUCUCGGAUAAAGUCAUAACAUUUGGGUUAGUAAGAGAAGCUACUUUUCUCCUGCAGGCUAAAAGUACAACUCCUCCACCUAACGUUGGACUGCUGGUUUUCUGAACACACCCCAGUGGUGCAUGUCUCAGAUCAGGGAGAAAAACUUCAACCUGUACAUCAUCACUGACUGACAGCACCUACUAACUGCAGGAUGCCAUUAGGAGGGGGAAACAAGUGUGGCCGCUGUCAGAAGACAGUUUACUUUGCAGAAGAGGUCCUUUGUGAUGGGCGGAGCUUCCACAAGUCCUGCUUCCUGUGCAUGGUGUGUGGGAAGAACUUGGACAGCACAACUGUAGCUGUUCGUAUGGAUGAAAUUUACUGCAAGGCAUGCUAUGGCAAGAAGCACGGGCCAAAAGGCUACGGUUAUGGCCAGGGAGCAGGGACACUCAGCAUGGACAAGGGAGAAUCUUUGGGUAUUACACAUGAAGAACCUGCACCUCAUCGUCGUACCAGCAACCCGAACCCAUCCAAGCUGGCUCAGAAGUUUGGAGGGUCAGACAAGUGCCCUCGCUGUGGAAAGUCUGUCUACGCUGCUGAGAAAGUGAUUGGAGCUGGGAGUUCAUGGCAUAAGACUGGAUGUUUCACCUGUGCAACAUGUGGGAAGAGCCUUGAGUCAACCACACUAGCUGAUAAGGAUGGAGAAAUCUACUGCAAAGGCUGUUAUGGCAAACACUUUGGUCCCAAGGGAUUUGGGUACGGACUGGGAGCCGGGGCGCUGUCGCAUACCAAGUAACUUGGUAGAGACUCGAGU